GCUUUCAGUCUACCUUGCCUUGAGUCUCCGCUCCAUAUUUGUUGUGCACCCGUUCAGGGGCUGUCAGUUCAGGUGAGCGAGGUAAACUUUAACUGCGCGGAACGGUGUUGGUGCGAGAUAUUUUCACCCCCGAAAAUUUCGACGGAAUUUAAACCCAAAACCAAAGUGAGGAGUGACUGUUUCAGCCACUAGUAACGCUCUUUUGGAUGGCGGUGCUGUAAUCCAGUUUGGGACCUGAGUGUUGCACUGAUGACAGAAACAUUCAGAUGUCUGUAAUUCCAGCCCACUUUGUAUCAAAACCAGCGCCUGGGAGAUGGGCUCAGAGAUCAAAAUUGAUCAUACUUUCAGGAACAAGUUGCCUGCUAGUAUGGCAAAGAGAGAGGAGUUGAAUGUCUGGUCUAUGGUAAAACGUUCUUGUGGAAAGGAAUUGAGUUCUGUCACAAUGCCAGUCAUUUUCAAUGAACCUCUUAGCUUCCUUCAACGAAUGGUUGAGUACAUGGAGUACUCAAACCUUCUUGUCAAAGCUGCACAGGAAACCGAUCCUCUCAUACGAAUGCAGUACAUGUCAGCUUUUGCCGUUAGCGCUCUGUCAUCUAACUGGGAGCGACCUGGAAAACCUUUCAACCCACUACUGGGGGAGACUUAUGAGCUUCAAAGAGACGGUUUCAAGGUUGUUUGUGAGCAAGUUAGUCAUCAUCCCCCGGUUUCGGCGUUUCAUGCCGAGAGCGAGCACUUCAUUUUCUACGGAUCCAUUUAUCCCAAACUCAAGUUUUGGGGGAAGAGUGUUGAAAUUCAGCCAAAAGGGACUGUGACGGUCGAGCUAACCAGAUGGGGCGAGGCUUACACAUGGUCCAAUGUUAACUGCUGUGUGCACAAUUUAAUUGUUGGGAAAUUAUGGAUCGAACAAUAUGGAACAAUGGAAAUUAGGAAUCAUAAAACUGGUCACACAUCCACAUUGACUUUCAAACCCUCCACUGGUGGAGCGUCCAAAGAUAUUCAUCGUGUUGAAGGAUUCAUCCAGGACAAAGACAAUGUCAAACAAACCUUCAUAUACGGCAAAUGGACAGAGUUCAUCAGGUGCACAGAUUACUCUUCAUUUGAGGACUAUGCGAAAGAAAACCCCAAUAAAUUUAGGUCAUCGGAUAGCAAAUACAACUCAGUUGGAUCAGAGAGCCCUGCUCAAACACCAAAAAAAGUUUUAGCCAAAUUAAAUAGUCUAAAAAUGGGACAGUCUCUUUUUAAAUCCAUGUCAAUCUCCACAAAUGAGCCUGAUGAUGAAGAUAGCUCCGAUGGACCAGAAGAUGUUCCAAAAAGCGACUCAACAUUUUCAAUAGACAUUCCAAAUUCAGUAACGCUGUGGGAGGCAAACCCUCGACCGGAGAGAACAUCGGAGUUCUAUCAGUUUACCGCAUUCACCAUGUCGCUGAAUGAAAUAGAACCCAGUAUGGAAGGAAAACUCUGCCCAACUGAUAGCAGGUUAAGACCUGAUAUACGGAAACUAGAGAAAGGUGAUCUGGAUGGCGCAGCAGCUGAGAAACAUCGGCUGGAAGAGAAACAACGGGAGGCCAAAAAAACUAGAAAAUCAAAAAAAGGACAGGAAUGGACACCGAAAUGGUUCGAAAAACAGAUGAACAAAUACACGAACCAAGAGGAUUGGAUGUUCAACGGGAAAUACUGGGAGCGCGACUUCACAGACAUUGACAUCUUCUAGGAUAGCUUUUAAGGGUAGUUGAAAAUCUUGAAUCUUGGACUUCCGCUCAGAUCUGAGCCCUGCAAUCUUCAAUUCAGACCUUAGUGAGUCACUAUUGCUGGCCAUUCGAUAAUGUUGCCAGGCAGUGGCGAGGCAUGAAUUACGACUAUCGAUACUAUCUCAUUUGAAGCUAUAGAAAAAAAUCGAUUUUUAAGGUGUCUGUUGCGAAAAUUCUGAAAAUCGAUCCUUUUUCACAGGUUAAAAUGGCAGAACAAUCGAUUCAUCGCAAAACACGUCACGCUGCUGUUGCCAGGUCGUGUGAUAAAAUGUGCGUACUUUACAUUGAGUUACAUGCGGUAUAGUACUGUUUUUAGCACAAUCUGGCAACCACACUGAACGAAAUGGUUACUACUCCUUUUUUCUUUUUUCCUUCUCAUUGUGCUUGAUUUAAAGGAAACUUGAAGGCUCAAUUUUUUGGGUGAGUUAAAUUUAAGGUUUUUUUUUUCGGUUUUAAAAUUCGAAAAGUGACUAUAAAUCAUCGUGACGAUUUCCUUUGAGUAAGAAAAAAUGAAUUUGAACCAAACAAAUUUUCUUUACUCCAAAAGAAUUUUCAUUAGGUAAAACAAAUUUUUAUUGGACUUCAAUAAUGUUCUCUUUAGCCAAAAACAUUUUUGACCUAAAAAAAUUCUGCGAAUCAAAAACAAUCGUUUUUUCAAAUUGAAAGAAAGUUUUUAACCAAUUCUUCAGUGUAUGCCAUUUAAGUAACAAGAAUGCAUUUAAUAUGGAGCUUAAGCGCGUUGGAUCCUGUGUGGAUAUUAGAAUCGAGUAUCUAAUUUUUCGAGUCACUAAUGUAAGUCACCGAGAAAAUUUCUCCAGUAAGUAGUUCUCCUUCCCUCAAUCAGUUAUUAUUUUUCUACGAUAAGAUAUUUCAUUCUAGAGCGUAGCACAUAAAUUUAUAAGUCUCAACUAAGUAGAAAUUUAACAUAUACGGGCGGACUGACCGCAGGGUGGGAAAGCAAUGGAAUUCCUGUUUGUCUGAUUGGUCCGAUGUCAAGUGACAGUUGGACUAAAUUUCGCAAUAGGGCACUAAUAUUUCUGGUUCAUCGUCGGAAACACCUAUCUGUGUAGGGAAAUUAAUGGUACACGCGUUGUUUCUAAAAUGAGCCAAGAAUAGUAGCAUGCAAAAUGUAGUCCAGUUGCGCGUCACAAAAUCAAGAUUUAGUAGGCGAAUCUUAUAGAUUACCAAAUAAGAACAAGAAAAUGUACCCAAACCCCAAGUCUCUUCAUUCACUAUUAACAUUGGUGGAUGACGUCAUCUACCAAUGUAAUUAGCGGCUAAAAUUGCGUGAUGUGACGGUCCACUGAUUCCUAAGUUUUAGUAGAAGAUUAAUUUAAAGACGCCGGUUUUAAAAAGUCAUUUCUCGCAGGGUGUCUGUAGAGACUUGUAUUUUGAAGAGAUGUCACUAAAUUUUGCUGGUCUCUAAGAUUCAACCACGAAAACACGAUUCUAGGAUUAGCGAAGCUGGCACAAUCUACUGCAUCUACCGCAAUCGCCGUGCAAUCUAUGGCACUAUCAAUAGCACAGUAAACCUGAUUCCAAUUCAUCCUAGAGUCCUCAACCCUAAUUUCAACCCUUCCUUUUUUAAAUGUCACCCCUGAUAUUGUUCCCCUACUUAAAAUAUUAAAAAUUAGCUGCCAUCUUGGUGCUUAGUUUCAAGAAGAGGUUUCCAAUACAGAUUAUAGUCCAGCUGAUAAGACAUUUGAAAGUUCACGAAGUGCAGAUUUUUUGUAAGUAGUUACUCUUUGUAAUCGCUCGAGUUUUGCCUGAGAUGUAGGUAACACGGAAUGUGCGUUAAACGAUACUGUAACAUCAAUGCACGAACCUUCUAAUUGUCAAGAAUUGCCGAAGGCUAGCUUGUACGAAUUGUGAGAGUCAAAAAAGACUUCAAGCAAUGGAUCAUUCCCAUUUUUAUCCACCGAUAUGCUUUAAUUGUCGCUUCUUCGAAUCCCUUUAACGAUAGGAGAACAAGUUUGGAAAAUAUUUUGUAAUCUCCAAGAUAUGGAAAGGGACAAGUCUACUUUUUUUUGGGUCCGGAACAGUCACUUCGGCUGACUUUGCAAAUUUCCUGUCUUGCAUUUAAAACUUGUCUGAAUAAUAAAACUUAAUUGAAAUUA